AUGCUACCUUGGCAACUGCCCUCCAUAAUCGACGGAAUCGUCAAAUUGGCCAAUCCUGUCAACACACCAGCCCCUAUGCUCUCGCCAGCCUUCCCUACCUGCGAACAGUUCCUCCAGGCCUUUGAUGGGGACAACUGCGACUCUCUGGCCUCCAAGGCUGGUAUCCCUCUCCAGGACUUCUUCACCCUGAACCCAGGUCUGCAGAACGGCCAAGGCUGCCACACUGGGAACAUCAACCCAGGCUACUUCUACUGCACCAAGGCCUUGCCUGAGCCCCUGCCUGAACCCGAGCAGGAGAACCGUCCCGAAGCUCCAGAGAAGACCCAGGCCCCCGACAAGGACACGAGCACGAUCACGAAGACGAAGACAAUCAAGCCGGAUCCCACAACUUAUAGCAUCUGUGAUUAUGGCGACUGCUGGAAGUCUUGGGUCAAGCUGAGCACGGACUCUAGCGACGACAUUAUAUUCAAACGUGCGUCGCGGUCCUGCGAAUCGCUCGCCACGACAUCGUGUACGUCUCUUGCGCGCAUGGGCUUCCCUGAUAUGAUCAAGGAAGGCUGCGACAAUUGUGCCGAGUUGCAGAGCGGUUGCUCGUGCUUCCUAGAGGGGAAGUACCAUACCGCUACCGUGGCAUAUGUAGUUGGCGGCUAUUGA